AGAAGAGUGUAUCAGUGUGCCAGGGGCACUCAGCUGAAACAAGAGAGACUGAAGGAAGGGGUGGUGAGAGAGGGGACACAGACACAGAGAGCUGAAACAGGAGGGACAGCGGAGACAACAGAAUGGCCCCGGUGGCUCCUGUCAUGUGCCUGCUUCUCAGGCUGUGUGUCAGCGUGCUGGGGGCAGUCCACGGCUCUCAGGAGGAUACCAGAGCAGCAGGAGCUACGGCCCCAGGAGACCUCAUCAUCGGCGGGAUCUUCCCCAUCCACGAGGCCGUGAAGAGAAAAGACAUCUUUCCACCCCACCUCUCACAGUGUGACAGGUUUGAAAAAAGAGGAUUGACAAAGGUUCUGGCAAUGAUCAACGCUAUAGAGACCAUGAAUGAAUCCCCUCUCCUGAGAGAUGUUGGGGUCACUCUGGGAUAUCGAAUUCACGACUCCUGCUCUGACGUGAGCACCGCACUGAGGGCCACAGCAGACUUCACCCAGCAGGACGACUGUGGCCAAGGAAGUAAUGCCAGCACAUGUGCCCAACCGGUCAUAGCCGUUGUUGGGGCGUCUUACUCAGAAAUGUCCAUCGCUGUCGCCAGGCUGCUGACCCUCAAGAUGAUUCCUCAGAUCAGCUAUUCAUCAACUGCUGUCAUUCUGAGUGACAAGAGCCGCUUCCCUGCCUUCAUGAGGACCAUCCCCAAUGACAAGUAUCAGACGGCUGCCAUGGUCAGAUUCCUGAACGACUUUGGCUGGAACUGGGUGGGGAUCGUCACCACAGACGGAGACUACGGCCGCUCGGCGCUCGACAGCUUCGUGUCCCAGGCUUCAGAGAAGGGCAUCUGCAUGGCCUUCAAAGUGGUCAUCCCUGGAUCUGUGACCGGUCAGGAUGUCAACUCUGCCAUCAGGAAGGCCGCCGCAACCAUCCACAAGAACCACAAGGCCAAAGCGAUCGUGUCAUUCAUCAAGCCGACCCACAUGAAGCACCUUCUCCAGGAGCUGAGAGACGAGGCGGAGAGACAAGGGCAGGGGACAGAGUCGAUGAGGAGGGUGUGGGUGGCCAGCGACAACUGGUCCUCGUCCAGCUCCGUACAAGGAACGUUAACGCUGCAGGACAUGGGCCACGUGGUGGGCUUUACCUUCAAACGUGGAAACCUGUCAUCCUUCAACCAGUACCUGGACAGGCUGGAGGCCGCUGGACGCCACGGAGCAGGGAACAACACUUUCCUGGAGGAGUUCUACACACAGCUGAAUGCCAGCAGCUCUGUGUCUGAAGCUGUGGAGAACCUCAGAGAAUACACUCACCCCCACACCACCUUCAACGUCGAGAUGGCUGUGAGCGCCGUCGCUCAUGCUGUGGCUUUUCUCUGCCGCAGCAGAGACUGCAAGAGGCCAGGAGCCGUGCAGCCCUGGGAGGUCCUGAACACGAUGAGGAUACGUGGGUUUAAGCACAGAGAGCAGACCUACAAGUUUGAUAAGAAAGGAGACAUCAACCUGGGUUAUGAUGUGACGCUGUGGAGGGCAGAGCGAGGGACCACUGACGUGCACGACGUCGUGGCCGAAUACCACCCACUCAACAACAGCAUCACCUACAGCAACCACAGCAGCAGCACACAGCUACCAGACCUGAAGCACAUCAUUUCAAAAUGUUCAAAUAGCUGCACACCUGGAGAGUUCAAGAAAACAGCUGAGGGCCAGCACACCUGCUGCUACGAGUGUAUCAACUGCCCUGAGAACCGCUACUCUAAUGACACAGAUAUGGACCAGUGUCUGAGCUGUGACACAGAGACAGAGUGGGCUGGUGAGGGGAGCUCCAACUGCACCCUUAAAACGCUGGAGUUCUUCUCCUGGCGGGACGGCUUCGCGGUGGUGCUGCUGACGUUUGCCGCCCUGGGGAUCCUCCUGGUGCUUCUGGUCUCCGCUCUGUUUCUACAGCACCGCGACACUCCCAUAGUGAAGGCUGCGGGUGGCCUGCUGUGUCAGGUCAUCCUCUUCUCUCUGGUGGGCAGUUUCAUCAGUGCUAUCCUCUUUGUAGGUCGUCCCACCAGCCUCCAAUGCAAGGCCCGGCAAGUGCUCUUUGGCGUCAGCUUCACUCUGUGCGUCUCCUGCAUUCUGGUGAAAUCCCUGAAGAUCCUACUCGCCUUCCAGUUCAACCCCGAACUGCAGGGGCUUCUGCGCAGGCUCUACCAACCACACGUGAUUAUUAGUGGCUGUGUGGCCUUACAGUUGGUUACUUGCAUCUGCUGGCUGAUCCUGAAAAGCCCAGUUAAUCAUGUCAGUAGGAAUUCCAAAACUUUACUGGAAAACUGUCAUGAGGGCUCACACGUGGCCUUUGGAGUGAUGCUGGGUUACAUCGCUGUCCUGGCCCUGGUGUGUUUUGUCUGUGCGUACAAAGGACGCAAACUGCCCCAGAAGUACAACGAGGCCAAGUUCAUCACCUUCAGCAUGCUCCUCUACCUCAUCUCCUGGAUGCUGUUUGUUCCUGUCUACGUCACCACUGAGGGCAUCUACCUGCCUGCUGUGGAGAUGGUGGUCAUCCUCAUCUCCAACUACGGCAUCCUCAGCUGUCAUUUCUUCCCAAAGUGCUACGUGAUCCUUUUCAGGAAGGAGCAAAACACCCAGAGCGCCUUUAAGAAGAAUCUGUAUGAGUAUUCCAGGAAGACCACUGAAUCAUUAUCUGUUUCUGAGACGUCUCUGCCGGAGCAAAAGUCCAGCAGUCAGCUUUUUAUCAUCAGCACUCCAUCCCUCUAUGUGCCUGAAGCACAAUCCCCAAAGUCUGGUGUUGUAACCAACAACAAUGACAGCUGCAGCUGCACUCAUUUCUAUAGGGGCACAGAGACACGACAACGCAGCUGUCUCAGGAGAAGCACCAGCUUAUAAACUAUCCAGAAGGACAUUAUCCAAACUGUCACUGACAUGCACUUGGGAAUUUUGGCACUUUUAUAACGAUUGUCAAUUUUACACGGCUCUUGCUACAUGGUGUUCAUAACUUAGAGGGAAAGUAUGCCCAUUCUGAAAAAUGUAAUAUUAAUGUAAUAUAUUGUAAUGUUAGAAUUUUACAGCCUGAAAUUGCAUAAAUUAAGUUAAAUCUUCCUAUUUUCUUGGGUGGUCUAACUUCUCUGCGCUGGUCCUCAGUUACAACAGUGGCUGGCAGGAGCCUGAAAGGUGGUGAAACAUGUGAUGGAGGGGAGUGGAGGAAAAGAAGAAGCUAGCCAGAACAUUACUUGCCAGCUAUCUUGUUAUUUUUAUCCUCCAACAUGCGUACAUGUGAUCAAUGAAGAAAAAGCAAAUCCAACAGUCUAUGUGGAGUGAUAAAGCAAGUGCAGAAGUUACUGGAUCUUUCUGGAUGUUGUAAUUUGUGCAAAACUGUCUACGUGCACUCAGUAGUCAUGUACUUUUUAGUUUCUUGUCAAUCCUGUUUCACCUCCAGCUCAAUGACAGUCAGCAUUUGGAGCAUCCAGCCAGUAUCCAGCACUCAGUAACAGGAACAUAGCACCACUACUGUCUGAUUCUGAUUUUACAAAAAGGGAAACCUGUUCUUUACGCACUUACAUAAAUUAUACUUGCCAUCAUAUGUAUAGUCUGUAUCCAACAUAACCAUCAGCAUAAUUGCUUUGUGUCUGAAUUGGUAUUUACUUUGUUUCAUUGUUCUGUUUGCUAACUCCACCUGAUCAUCAAAUAUCAACAAAUUAAACUGCAUCCUCCCACUUGGCUUCAGGCCCCAUGCCACAAUUAGACUUCAGACAUAGAUGUAAUUGUUCUUUUAGGGGAUUGAAGUAGUUGCCAUAAAGAGAGCAGGUAAAGUCAGUUUAUAAUCCAAAACCAAACAGGUUGCAAGCCACCAUAACUGCAAAAGAACAUUUGAGUACAAUUGUCAGGAUGCAUCAGUCAUCAUGUCUGUUUAUUGAUGGCAUGGCAUGGCAUGGGGAAGUCCCUUGUUUCAUAAGUCAGCACUGUUGAGAAACCUCAGCCCGGCCCAAAUUCUUACUAUCAUGUGAUGAUGGCAUCUCAGACUAAGGAUGCGGUAGUAAGAUAAGGUGGAGAGGACUGGGACAGGAGGCUAUAACACUGUCACCUCUCUCACAGGAAAAGCAAAGCUAAACUUUAAACAAGUUCACAUGUUUACAAAAACUGGUAGCUGAUGGAACGAAGGUUCUUAUGUAUCUUUUCAUUCUGGCACUCGUUGUAAGCAAUUGGAGCUCACUGUACAGGGAAUUCUGGGAGUCCAGUAAGAUAGCCUGAGUCUUCAAAGUGAUAUGAGAGACCAAGGUCAUUUAGAUUCACACAGUUUUCCCCAAUGUAGUUUUGUUUUUCAAACCGAGGUUGCCAAGCCAGCAGAUCACUGCAAAUGUUACACAUGCACUAAGUGAUUUGAGAACAAUCCUGAAACUAACCUGUGCUUUAUGGAGACUUUGUGCUCCUAGUUACAUAAACCAAUACCAAGUCGUACAGCCAUUUUGCUGUUUUCAUCUCUUUUCUUUCUUCAUUGUAAAAUUCCAUCCCACAAUGUAGCCUCGUCCUCCCUCUUCACCUCCUCACAGCUUCCACCUCAUUCAAAGCAUCUCUGAAAGCACAAAUUCCUGCAGAUAGACAUAUUCAAAUUUCCCAUUAGUCGCACGAAUGCAUCUGUCACUGCAAUCAGCACCGCAGCCACAGAGAAAGUUCAUUCAAAGCAGCCUACCUUGUAGCUGAAGGUCUGUAGCUUCACGACAUUUUCUAAAUGGAGGUCAGAGACGAAGGAAUCUAAGAGCCUUGUGUAAGUGAAACGUGUCCCUCAUCGCCAUCCUAAAAAUGCAUCUUUUUACCUUAACUCUCAGCUUUGUACAAGUGCUGUACGGUGAACCCAGAAGCAGGACUGACUCUGUUAGUUUAUAAACAGACUAGGAGCUCUUAACACCCUCUAGUGGUCACACAUUCCUCCGUGCAGUUUCAAGAUUGACUUAAUAAAAGAAGAUUAAAACAUUUUCAUUAAAGACAUCUCAACAUUAAAACUUUUCAGCUUCUUUAAAAA